AUGAUCUUUCAUUCACUCAUUCUUUAAUGGUCUAAAUUCUAAAAGCUUCGCUCAGUUUAGGUUUUUAUAAUUUCGAUUCCAAAAUUAAUAUCCAGCAAAGCAAAACCUGAAAAAAAAAGAAAAAGGCAUCACAAUGCCCAAUUAUAGAGUAGAAUUGAGCGACUACACUGCAGCCGGACGUAGAGAUAUUGUUAACUAUUCAAACCUUGGACACGCUGUUGCUAAUAUUCCAAUCACUAUUCCUUAUUCAACAAUGGUAGCUGUGGUUUCAUCGGCCCCGGAACCAGAUUUGAAGGAAAUGUGUUUCUACCAAAUUAAUUUGGAUGAAUCUAUACGUUUAGCUGGUGUUUCUUGUCGAGAUUUGGAUAUACGCAUUUUCUUGAGCGAUCGUCGUUUCCAAGACAUUCUCGUCUAUGAGACUGAAAAAUAUUUGAGCCCGGCGCAAAUUGCCAACAUUGUACCCACCCUUGCCACCACAGAAGAGAUGAAUGCGGCACUUAAUUGGAAGCAGACGGCUUAAAAGGACUUAUUUCAUAGAAUCCAGUUAGCUGGUGAACUUAGCAACUGUUGCUUUAUAAGCUAAUAGGGGACAUACGCAUGCUGUGUUUCUGUAAAAAGUGUUAACCGUAAGCCAAACUAAAAUUUUCGGGAGGAGAAGAUACACACAUGAAUAUUUUUUUCUAACUAGAAGCCAUUAUGACUCAAGCAAGUGAACCUGCUUUCAAAAUGUUCAGUAAUUUGACAAAUUUAAUUAAUGAUUUUAUUGUAUUCAGACCGAAACUCUGUGCGUUGCAACCAGUUCCACCAGGCCUUGGAUAUAUGUAUAAAAAACUCAAAUCUAUUUGUGAAAAAUAUUUAAUAAAACAGAACUGUCAUCACGACUUUUA